AUUUUGUUCAGUUUCAUAAUAACCUUGUUUGUUAUAAUUAAAUUAAAUUUAAAAAAUCAUGUAACUAAUCUGUAGAUUACACUACACUAUGGGUUUCUUUUUUAUCAAGCAGAACAUUUUGUUGUUAUUAUACUUAAUUUGUAUAUUUCUUUUUGGAUGUUUCAUUCGAUAUUUAGAAUAUGCUGAUUAUUUCGUGCGUUUUAUUUGCGAACAAGUUGAUGAUCCCAAAACUAUAUUCGAUUAUAUCGUAGUGGGAAGCGGUUCAGCCGGUUCCAUUGUUGCCCGAAGGCUUGCAGAAGACAAAAACCUGAAAAUUUUACUAUUAGAAGCCGGAAAUGUUGGAAAUAACAUACUUGAUGUACCUCCAUUCGGGUUGCUUUUGCAACAAACUCCAUUCGAUUGGCAUUAUACCACAGUACCUCAAAAGAAAAGUUGCUUCUCGAUGAAUAAUAAUUCUAGUAUAUGGCCAAUGGGUAAAAUGGUUGGAGGAACUGGUAUGUUGAAUAAUAUGAUAUACAUAAGAGGCCAUCCCGAGGACUUUAAUAGCUGGUUCAAAGGAAAAGUAGGAUACUCGUUCGAUGACCACGUGAAACCUUAUUUUCAAAAAGUCGAAGACUCUAUUUACAAAGAUAAUUACUACAGUAGCGUACAUCUUAGUGAUGUCAUAUUUUCUACAAAACUAACGGACGCUGUAUUAAAUGCUGCCGAGGAAUUGAAAUUUCCUUUUACAAAUUUAACUCAAAAUUGUGCUGAAGGUUUCGGGAUACCAAAAAUCAACUCGAGAAGAGGCCAACGUUGGACACCAGCUCACACUCUGUACGAAAAAGAUCGGCCGAAUAUAUUCCUUCGCACCGGAAGGAUCGUUGAAAAAGUUUUAUUUCACAACAAUUACGAAGCGUACGGAGUUAAAUACAGGUAUUUCGAGGAUACCUACAUUGCAAGGGCUUCUAAAGGAGUCAUCUUAACUGCUGGAGUCAUCGGAUCCGCUAAAAUAUUACUACAUUCCGGAAUCGGCCCUAGAGAUCAUCUAGAAGAAAUAGGCAUCGAGACUAAACUGAAUCUACCAGUCGGAGAGAACUUACAAGACCACCUCACGACCGGAUUCGAUCUCGUGUUGCUCAAUAAUUCAAUCGAUAUAGGAAUAGCCGAAACUUUAUCUCCCUUUUCAGCUGUAGAAUAUUUCUGGAGCGGCUCCGGCCCCUGGACGACUACGGGUUGUGAAGUCGUAGCCCAUUUGCACACUACCUGUAACCGAUCGGCCGCCCCUGAUAUUCAAUUGAUGGUGAUGAAUGUGGGUUUGAACGCGGAUCGGGGUGUUCAUUUGAGGAAGCUCGUCGGCAUUAGCGAUGAAACUUGGAACGAAUAUUUCGAGUUGUUGAACGAUACAGUUACCGUGACUAUUCUACCGGUGUUGUUGCAUCCGAACAGUAAAGGUACCGUUCGUUUGAAAGACAAACAUUUCUCCAGCGGAGUGCUGAUAGAUCCCAAUUACCUUUCAAGCGCUUACGACAGGGAUACUCUGAUCGAAGGUAUCGAAAUUAUAAGGAGAUUAGUCGAUACCGAAGCUAUGAAAUCGUUUGGUGCUAGGGAGUAUUGGAAUUGUUACAUCGAGCACGUUACAAGUACAGCUUACCAUCCGGUCGGUACUUGUAAAAUGGGCGGUCCUGAUGAUGAAACCGCUGUGGUGGAUUACGAGUUUAGGGUCAAAGGUACUAAUAAUUUGUUUGUAGUCGACGGUUCAAUUUUACCAACGCUUACCAGCGGUAAUAUUAACGGUGCUAUAUUUGCAUUAGCCGAAAUGGCCAGUGAUUCUUUUAAAUACAUCGAUUAUUUGAGCAAACGAAAGUCAACGGCCAGGGAAAUGUUUAUCAAGAGGGAUUGUUGUGGUUGUACGUGA